AUGGUCCAAUCCACACCAUCUUCGCACAACUUUAGAAGAAGCAGUACGAGCAUGAUCAAUCCCUCUCCUCAGCCAUUUUCAUCAUCCAUGUUCAUGAAGAGUGGUGGAUCAUCCUCUCACUUGUACAAAUUGCAGGGCCAGUCAACAACGACGAGUUUAAGCUCCUCUCACCAUCAUCAUCAUCACUCUUCCCAGGGUAAAAUCACCAAGCGACACAAAACUGCAUUACGGAAUUAUCCUGUCCUUGUUGCUCCUCAAAGAUCUCUGGUUGGAGGAGGAAGAGGAGGAAUAGAUCAGCAGCAGAAUCCAUCCUCCUCCUCGUCUUCUUCUUCCAUUCCACCAACACCAGUUCCCUUCACUUCGACAAGAAAGAAGCAACAACCACAGAAUGCAUCCUGUGUCCAUAUGUGCACGACUUAUUCGAGUAGUAGUUAUGGUUCCGAAAAGGCAAAAACGAUCAACAAGAAAAAUUCCUCCGUCUUGUCCUCAGUCAUGCAACAAUUAACUUUUCACUCAAUGAAUCCAAAAAGUACUGUUUCGAGCAAUGGAAAUGGUAAUAGCAGUACUGCUAGGAAUCAUUCUCAAGUCGUCGUCGUCGAUGAAGAUGGAUUGUCCUACUGCAAUCCUCCAAACUCUCAGAGAUCCUCACCUCUUCCUUCUUCACACAACCAGAGUAAGUCUCAAGCAAGAUCCAUCAAUCAUGCAUCCUCCUCAACCUCCACUACUGCAUUACAAUUCAAUCAAGUCGAUAUCAAAGCUCCUUCACGAAGUAGUCCAAAAAGAGAUCAAAAUUAUCAAAUAUUUCAUUUCAAGCUCCAUAAUCGAUCGGGAAGUACAAGUAGUAGUAGUAGCAGUAGUGGAGGCAGUAGUAACAAUGCUGGAACAUGCCAGGCACAAGCACAACCACCACUCACGAGUGAAAGAGUUACUAGUAGUACUUUAACUCCCAAUGGGGACAUGGCUGCAUGUCGUCAUGGAAAUAUGCCUCUUCUCUCUCCUAAUCAUCCUCAUAGCACACAGACUUGUAGUUCCUCACAAAUAUGGAAGAGUUGUUCAUCCACCUAUUAUACACAUCAUCAUCAUCAACAGCCAGCCUCAUGUUCUUCCUCUGCAAGUCUUACUCCGAGUGCGAGUACGAGUACGGGUUGUUCUCAACAACAGAGCCUUGCUUCCCAUCCAACUCUUUUGAAUGAAGAAGAGGAAGAGGAGCCUCUUUUCAUCAUCCUCUCUCCAUUCCGAGAACAAAGCUCUGAAUCCCCUCUCACUCUCAAAAUUCCAAGUAUUAAAUAUUUGGAGAGAACCAUCUUGAAUGAACCCAUUUCGGGCCGUGAAAAGUAUUGUGCUGCUUCUACAUCUUCCUUUUCAUCUCCAAGUGCAGCCAUGUCUCGUAAAUAUGAUAUGGAAAAGAUUUUCAAGAAUUACAUUUCGGAAAAAGAAAUGUUAACGAGUCAUUUGAAUUUGAAUUCGACCAACUCCAAAACUAUCUGA